AACGGCCCGAUUCUGGCCACCUCAGGCCAGCCAUCAGCCGCGUCUGUUUUCGAUAAAAAUAUAGUGAGUUUCGUGAAAAAAUCCGGCGGGGAAAAAAGUGCAAUAGUUCAAGAAACACGUGCAGUAAUGUAGUUUAACCAACGAUUGAUCGGAAAGUUUAGGUUGGAUACAGUUUAACAAACACGUGAGAAGUUUUAGUUCAACGAGUGAGCUUGGAAUUGUAGUAUCAUUUUUCGAACAAAAAUUCACAGUGAUUGGAAGUCGGUGUUGUGGAAAACCAUGUAUUUCAAAAAUACUGGCUGUAAAUCAGGUAUUGAAAUUGUAUGAUUUUUAAAUCAAGCAAGUGAUCCUGGAAGUCUUUCAACUUUCAAACGAGAGUUUUCAGUGAUUACAAGUUUUUCGAGGUGAAAUUUCUAUCAGAUAAUUCUAUGUGAAUAGAGACACUUUUAAUGAUUGUAACUCAAUGUUCAUUAUACAAGAAAUAUUUAUCACGGUGGUAAUCGCAUUUUUAUCCGAAACUCGCGUCUUGUAUAUUUAUACGUGUUGUUGAAAACCGAGAGCUUAAUUAAGUUGAGAAAAACUCUCACUUCACAAACGAAAAAUUCCAGUUAUUGAACCUAUUUCGAUAGGCCAUCACCUUCGAAAUUAACAAGUGAAUCCUGAAAAAUUAGAAAAUUUGGUUCAAACUUGCAGUAGAAUAAACAAGUAAUCAUGGUAACUUGUGUGAACUUUUGAAACACCAAACGUUUCAGAAGUAAUAAUUUGAGUAAAUCAACGUCCAAUACUUCAAUUAAGAAUCCGAACUAUUGAUCAAUUAACUCAUUCACGAAAAAUCACAACAAAAUUAACUCCUGCUCCAAGUUUUUCUGUGAAUAGAGAGAUAUCAACUGUUUUUUUUUUUCAAAUGGGAGCAGUUUCAGUGAAAACAAAUUAUUGCUUGUAAUGAAGAAAACAAAAGUUUAAUUCAUUGAUGUAUAUUGUUAUUAAACUAUUGAUAAUGCUAUUAGACAAUAUUCGAUAAUGUUAUUGGACAAUACUCGAUAAUGUUAUUCGACAAUUCUCAACAAUAUUGAUGGACAAUCCUCGAUAAUGUUAUUAGUCAAUACUCGAUAAGGUUUUUUGAUAAUACUCGAUAGUUUUAUUGGACAAUAUUCGACUGUUUUAUUGGAUAACCGAAAAAUAGAAAUGACUCUUUCUCGAAUGGUGAUUUGAAUAGUAGAUUUCCAAGUGUAGUGGGAGAGAAACAAAGACAGAAUGACCGACCAAAUGAGCACAGUGGCCCCGAGCGUUGCCCUACCACCCCCCGCUACACCCGCCCCCGCAAGCAUAGCACCCGGCAACAAUGCAAACGAUGCCAACAAACAACAGCCGCCCAAGCGCCCCGUUCGCAGGGGCGUCAAACCGCCUCCAGACCGCCCCCAACGGGCGCUCUUCUGUCUCACUCUCAAAAAUCCUCUUCGAAAAAUGUGCAUCGAUGUCGUCGAAUGGAAGCCGUUCGAAUGGCUCAUCCUCCUCACCAUCUUUGCCAACUGUGUUGCGCUAGCCGUCUACACACCCUACCCCAGCAGCGACUCCAACAUGACGAACGCUGUUCUUGAGAAAAUCGAGUACAUUUUCUUAGUGAUCUUCACAGUGGAAUGCCUGAUGAAAAUUAUCGCGUAUGGUUUUGUUGCACACCCGGGAGCAUACCUUAGGAACGGUUGGAACUUACUAGAUUUCACAAUUGUCGUUAUAGGAAUGAUUAGUACAGUUUUAUCACAACUUAUGAUAGAAGGUUUCGAUGUGAAAGCGUUGAGAGCUUUUCGUGUGCUUCGACCUCUCCGUCUAGUAUCUGGUGUUCCCAGUCUCCAAGUCGUUCUAAACUCAAUCCUCUGCGCUAUGAUCCCUCUGCUACACAUUGCUCUACUUGUACUUUUUGUCAUCAUAAUCUACGCUAUCAUUGGUCUGGAAUUGUUCUCAGGCAAGCUGCACACAACCUGCUACAACAACGAGACGGGGGAAAUGAUGGCAGAACCGCAUCCUUGUUCCCUUCCUGGCGAGGGAGGAUUUGAAUGCUCCGUCUACGGUGAAGAGUACUAUUGUGGUCCCGAUUGGGAGGGACCCAAUUUCGGAAUUACAAACUUCGAUAAUUUCGGUCUGGCGAUGUUAACCGUGUUCCAAUGCAUCACACUGGAAGGAUGGACUGAUGUGUUAUACUACAUCGAAGAUGCCUUGGGUAGCAGCUGGCAGUGGAUAUACUUCAUCUCCAUGGUUAUCCUCGGAGCCUUCUUUGUGAUGAACCUCAUUCUCGGUGUGCUCAGCGGAGAGUUUUCCAAAGAAAGAGAGAAAGCUAAGGCGAGGGGCGAUUUUCACAAGUUGAGAGAGAAACAACAGAUAGAGGAGGAUCUCAGAGGUUACCUCGAUUGGAUAACUCAGGCGGAGGACAUAGAGCCUGAAGGAGAGGAAAAAACUCAUAAUCAAGACGGGAAACAGAAACAGUCUCAGCAGACUGAUUCAGCAGACAAGCUGGAGGGGGAUGAUGGAGAACUACACGAGCCCUGGUGGAGUAAGAAGAAGGCAGACUUCGAUAGAAUCAACAGACGUAUGAGGAGAGCUUGUAGAAAAGCUGUCAAAUCACAAGCAUUCUACUGGCUUAUCAUCAUCCUAGUAUUUUUAAACACAGGUGUACUAGCUACAGAGCAUUAUCAACAACCAGAAUGGCUGGAUCAUUUCCAAGAGCACACAAACAUGUUUUUCGUUGCCCUCUUCACAAUGGAAAUGUUUUUCAAAAUGUACAGUUUGGGUUUCCAGAGUUAUUUCGUCUCACUCUUCAACAGAUUUGAUUGCUUUGUCGUGAUUGGGAGUAUUGGAGAGAUGAUACUGACUAGAACAGACGUGAUGCCACCUCUGGGUGUGUCUGUUUUGCGUUGUGUGCGUCUCUUGAGAGUAUUCAAGGUCACAAAGUAUUGGCGAUCACUGUCCAAUCUAGUCGCUUCUCUGUUGAACUCCAUACAAUCAAUUGCUUCACUGUUGCUGCUGUUGUUUCUCUUUAUAGUGAUUUUUGCACUGUUGGGAAUGCAAGUAUUUGGAGGGAGAUUCAAUUUUGAACCUACACAAAAUAAGCCACGUCAUAAUUUUGAUAGUUUUGUACAAAGUUUAUUGACUGUAUUCCAGAUACUAACUGGUGAAGAUUGGAACGUUGUUAUGUAUGAUGGUAUACAAGCUUACGGUGGUGUAUCAUCGUUUGGAAUCUUAGCUUGUAUUUAUUUCAUAAUUUUAUUUAUUUGUGGUAAUUAUAUUCUGUUAAACGUUUUCUUGGCUAUUGCUGUUGAUAAUCUAGCAGACGCCGAGUCUUUGACCACCAUCGAGAAAGAGGAGGAGGAAGAAGAGGAGGAGAACGGAGAGGAGAAGCAGGACUCCCCAAGAGGUUCCCAGGGGAGUUUGGGAAUGGAUGACCAGGAUGGGGAGUUUAGUGGGGAGGAACAAGGAGAGACUGAUGAGGAGAGGAAUGUGGAAGAGGGAGGAGACGAGACCUCGAUGAAAGAAGGAGAGACAGACAGCCAGAUGAAGGAGAGGUUGGAGAUGGAGGAGAACGAGGAUUAUGCUUAUGACGAGCAGGGUGAAGAAGAGGAGGAGGAAGACGAUGAAGAGAUGGAGGAUCGAAUCACAGCUCGUCCAAGGAGGAUGUCAGAGUUCAAAAUGGCAACUAAGAAGCAGCCCAUACCAGAUGCCAGUUCUUUCUUCAUAUUCUCCAGUACGAACCGAAUUCGUGUGUUCUGUCAUUGGCUCUGCAAUCAUGGACAUUUCGGAAACAUCAUCCUAGUCUGCAUCAUGGUCUCAUCAGCACUCCUCGCAGCUGAAGACCCCAUCAACUCAGAAUCCCCAAGAAACAAAGUACUUGUAUACUUUGAUUACUUCUUCACAACCGUAUUCACAAUUGAAAUAUGCCUCAAAUUAAUAUCUUAUGGAUUUGUUUUCCAUGAUGGAGCUUUCUGUCGAUCGGCGUUCAAUCUGCUAGACUUGUUAGUCGUGGUGGUAUCACUCGUUUCAAUUUUCUUCCAGUCGGGAGCUGUGAAUACUGUGAAAAUCCUGCGAGUUUUCCGUGUGCUGAGACCGUUGAGAGCUAUUAACCGAGCUAAAGGUCUGAAACACGUGGUUCAAUGUGUGAUAGUAGCUGUGAAAACUAUCGGUAACAUAAUGUUGGUCACAUGUCUGUUGCAGUUCAUGUUUGCUGUAAUUGGAGUUCAACUAUUCAAAGGAAAAUUCUAUCAAUGUAAUGACAGUUCGAAGAUGACAGAAGAGGAUUGUCAGGGAUCGUUUAUUGUUUUCGAGGAUGGAGAUGUGAAUAAAGCGAAAAUUGAAGAGAGACAAUGGGAGAGGAACAUUUUUCACUUCGACGAUGUAGCAGAGGCUAUGCUAACUCUGUUCACAGUGUCAACAUUCGAGGGUUGGCCUGACUUACUGUACAAGUCGAUCGAUUCGAAUGCUGAAAACUUUGGACCAAUCCACAACUUCAGACCGAUUGUUGCCGCUUAUUACAUAAUCUACAUCAUUAUCAUAGCUUUCUUCAUGGUAAACAUAUUCGUUGGUUUUGUUAUUGUCACCUUCCAAAACGAGGGAGAACAAGAAUAUAAGAACUGCGAUCUCGACAAAAACCAGAGGAAUUGCAUCGAAUUCGCGUUGAAAGCAAAACCAAUCAGGCGGUACAUUCCAAAGCACAGGUUUCAAUACAAAGUAUGGUGGUUUGUUACAUCACAACCGUUCGAAUACACUAUUUUCAUAUUGAUUAUGAUCAAUACUAUAACGCUUGCAAUGAAGUUUCAUAAACAGCCUCCAAUUUACACAAAAAUAUUGGAUGUUUUGAACGUUUUUUUCAGUAUAGUAUUCGCAUUUGAGUUUGUAUUCAAACUGGCUGCAUUUCGUUUCAAAAACUAUUUCAGUGACGCUUGGAAUGUAUUCGACUUUGUUAUAGUACUAGGGAGUUUCAUAGAUAUUAUUUAUGGUGACCUGAAUCCCGGAUCCAAUUUGAUAUCAAUCAACUUUUUCCGUCUGUUCAGAGUGAUGCGUUUGGUGAAACUGUUGAGCAAAGGUGAAGGAAUUCGAACUCUACUAUGGACGUUCAUUAAAUCCUUUCAAGCUCUACCAUAUGUAGCUUUGCUGAUAGUGAUGUUGUUCUUCAUUUAUGCUGUUGUGGGUAUGCAAGUUUUCGGUAAGAUUGCUUUGAAUGAUGAUUCCUCCAUACACCGAAACAAUAACUUCCAAUCUUUCCCACAAGCAAUCCUAGUGUUAUUUCGUUCGGCAACUGGAGAAGCCUGGCAAAACAUAAUGCUUGAUUGUUCUUCACGACCUGGAGAGGUAAUGUGCGAUCCUCGAUCAGAUGACGCUGAGAAUAAGAUGGGGUGUGGCUCCGAUGUAGCAUUCCCCUACUUCAUAUCCUUCUACGUUCUGUGUUCAUUUUUGAUCAUCAACUUAUUCGUCGCUGUUAUCAUGGAUAACUUCGAUUACUUGACGAGAGAUUGGUCGAUUUUGGGGCCACAUCACUUGGACGAGUUUAUCAGAUUAUGGAGCGAGUACGACCCUGAUGCUAAGGGUCGAAUCAAACAUUUGGAUGUGGUCACCCUGCUGAGGAAAAUCUCACCACCGUUAGGAUUCGGAAAACUUUGUCCUCAUAGAGUCGCUUGUAAGAGGUUAGUGUCAAUGAAUAUGCCGUUAAAUACUGAUGGAACAGUGUUGUUCAAUGCUACACUAUUCGCAGUUGUGAGGACGUCGUUGAGGAUCAAAACAGAGGGAAACAUAGAUGAUUGUAAUGCGGAGUUGAGAGCGGUUAUAAAGAAAAUCUGGAAGAGAACUAACCCGAAAUUGUUGGAUCAGGUUGUUCCACCACCAGGAGACGAUGAUGAAGUAACUGUGGGGAAGUUUUAUGCUACGUUUCUUAUACAGGAUUAUUUCCACAGGUUUAAGAAGAGGAAGGAGCAGGAGUUGAAGGCUGGGGACAAGGAGACGCAAAACACAGUCACACUACAGGCAGGGUUGAGGACUUUGCACGAUGCGGGACCCGAGCUGAAGAGAGCGAUCUCGGGUAACCUGGAGGAGGUGAUGGAUGACAACGCUCAACCCAUGCACCGUCGGAACCACACGCUGUUCGGGAGUGUCUGGUCGUCAAUGAGGAGACAGAGAGGGCGAGCGGAGAGAGGGGCUCAAGGUGUGAGGAGGGUGGCAUCACUGAAAGGUCACUCAAGUAGAAUGAAAGUUUCCCCCACUGAUUCAUUAGAGUUGUUACCGAAUACAACUCCGCGCCCUGACAUCAAGGGGUUGAGUCGAGUUAGCGCUAUGAUGAGGACAGCCAUGAUGGCUCCAGCUGAUAUCCCAUCGAAAUACGACUAUGAAAUGCCCAACGGCGACACGGAUAGAAGCUACAGAAACCCUCAGGGCAUGACACGACCUGUCAACUCCAACCGACUCCUGCUUCCCGAGGAGUCGAACGGAGGGAGCUUCCCCAACAACCGACUGGGUCAACAACAGAACUACCUGGUUGGAUCAGCUGAGAGGCUGGUAGGUCGGGUGCUUGUUGAACAAGGUUUGGGCAAGUUUUGCGACGCUGAAUUCGUGCAGACGACCUCGCGCGAGAUGCAGGAAGCUCUAGAUAUGACUCCUGAGGAGAUGGACAGAGCUGCUCAUCAAAUCAUGUUACAGCAGAGGGAUCGACCGUUCUCGUUCCAUAAAGAAUAAGUAAUGAAGCAUUCACGAAAGAGAUCUCUAAAAUGUUUUGAAUUGAUUUAUCAUUCUUUAAUCCUCUUCAUAAUUGAACAUUUGAUUUUAAAUUUGUAAUUCAAUCCAUAGAACAUUUAACAAUUGAAGAUUUCAAUCAUUAUGAACAUUUUAAUCAUUUCAAUAAUCGUGGACACCUAAGGACUUAAAUUGAAGUUUAUUUUGUCUGAAUAACUUCUGAAACAUAACAUUUCUUUUCCCAAAUAGAGAAGUGAUUGUGAUUAAUUGGAGCUAUUAAAUAGAAGUGUUUUUGAAAUUGAUUUUGAAAUAAUAUCAAUAAUCGUGGACACAUUACUUGACGUUGGAUUUGUAAAAAAAUAUUAUAAUGAUAGGUAGAAGAUAAGUAUGAAAUUUUGAGUGAUACAUGGUAGUCAAUACAUGAUGUGUAAGAUUUUGACUGAGACUGUAAUAUUUUCAAACGAAUCUAUUUCUGCCGGUCAAUCCAUUUUAAGUGAUCAAACUUCAAGCUAAUUCAGUGUUUUUUAAUGACGUCUUGACAUGUCAUUUUUUUCAUAAUUUGAUUGCGAAAUUGCACUGUGUUAUCGUACAUUAAAUUUGAAAUUCAAUCUUAUUAGUUAGUGAUCAAUAAAUAAUAUCUUUGAAGAAUGAGAUUUAAAAAAUGACAUUUGAAAUUUCAACUGGGAAAACUAUAUUCUUCAUUAAAAUGCCAACACUUGUGACAUGAGAUUCGAAAAAUGUGACUGAAACUUUAAUUUAUUAUUGUUAUAAUCAUGUUCUUGGUAACGAAAUAUUGAUAAAGUCAUAUUUUCAUAUUGUUGGACCUGAAUUUUAAAUUCCUUCCCAUACUUAAACUCGAUACCAUUGUCAUUACUAUAAUUAGGUAACGUAAGUGUUCAUUAUUGAAGAGUAUGACAAUAAUGAAUGUGACAAUCAUAUCGCUAUUUAAACGAGAACUAGCUUAUUCAAAUCUCGAGAUAAGUAGGCUAAUCAUGCAUUUAUUUUCGAAAAUUUUCAAAACAGAACAAUUUUGAACUUUUACUAUUAUUGGCUAUUUCAAAUAUAUACAACAAUUGAAUAACUUAUUUGAAUAAAUGAUGAAUAAAUUGAACGUUAUUACAAACAAGUAUUACAAUUCGAAAAGGCUAUAAUUUUUGUUUCAUUUCAUGUAGAGUAUCUGUAGAAGUAGAUUCAUCUUGUUAUUAGAAUAUAUUAAAUUCAAAUCAAAUCUAUGUAUGAAGCGAAUAUCAUAAAAUGUUUGAAGAACAAACAAUAAAAAUUUACAUUGU